AUGGACCAGAAGAUUCCUUAUGACGACUACCAGCUGCCAGUGGUGUUUUUGCCUUCAUAUGAAAACCCCCCUGCAUGGAUACCACCACAAGAGAGGGUUCACCAUCCUGACUACAACAAUGAACUCACCCAGUUUCUGCCUCGCACUAUUGUCUUAAAGAAACCCCCCGGAGCACAACUGGGUUUCAACAUUCGUGGAGGCAAAGCUUCACAAUUGGGGAUCUUUAUUUCUAAGGUUGUUCCAGACUCUGAUGCGCAUCGAGCAGGGUUACAAGAAGGAGACCAGGUCCUCUCGGUUAAUGACGUGGAUUUUCAAGAUAUUGAGCAUUCACGGGCUGUUGAGAUUCUGAAGACUGCACGGGAAAUCCUCAUGAGAGUUCGGUUCUUUCCUUACAAUUACCAGAGACAGAAAGAGAGGACUGUACACUAG